GGUGCCUUUGACUGUCACUCGGGCUCUGUGAACUGACCGCUCUGACAAAAGGAAGUAGGUUGGAUUUAGAAAGUUCAGCGGAGGUCUGAGCUUGCCAUCUUGGGUCCUGUGGUCCCCAGGCGUCCGUUGGGAGCAGCUGUGCUGGUGGCGGAGACCGAGUCGCAGGACGCUUCCAGCCUCAUCAUGCCUUACGUCCAUGGCUACGCCCCGCCCUCCGUCAUUGGAUUGGUGCCUUUGACUGUCACUCCGGCUCUGUGAACUGACCGCUCUGAAAUGACGGAAUAGGGCGGAUUUAGAAAGUUCAGCGGAGGUCUGAGCUUGCCAUCUUGGGUCCUGUGGUCCCCAGGCGUCCGUUGGGGGCAGCUGUGCUGGUGGCGGAGACCGAGUCGCAGGACGCUUCCAGCCCCAUCAUGGGGUUGGUGUCAUUUGAGGACAUAGCGGUGCACUUCACCUGGGAGGAGUGGCAGGACCUGGACGCUGCUCAGAGGGCCCUGUACAGGGAUGUGAUGCUGGAGAACUACAGCAGCCUGGUGUCCCUGGACCCCUGCAUUGCCAAACCUAAGUUGAUCUUCAUGUUGGAGCAUGGAUUUAGGCCAUGGAGCCUAGCAGAAGCUUCAAGCUGGAGCCUCCCAGGUGUUCAUAACGAGAGUACUCUGAUUGACACCAGCAAGGAAAUUCCUAAGACACGUUUUCAGCAACUCAGAAUUACUAACCAAAAGACACCAAAGGAAGACAUGAUUGAAGCAGAACUAAAGGCUCAACAGGAAGUCUCCAAAGGGACAACAUCCUGUCAUGGCAGAACACCUGUAACAUCUUUGUUCCGCAAGUCACGGGAAAACAAGAAUGAGACAUCGUACAGUGAUGGGAAGCUCUAUGAAUGCAAGGACUGCGAGAAAGCUUUCUGUAAUAAUUCAACCCUAAUUAAGCACUACAGAAGGACUCAUAACGUAUACAAGCCCUAUGAGUGUGAUGAAUGCAGUAAAAUGUACUAUUGGAAGUCAGACCUCACAUCUCAUCAGAAAACUCACAGACAAAAGAAGAGGACCUAUAAGUGCAGAGAGUGUGGGAAGGCUUUCUUCCGCAGGUCUCACCUCAAUGUGCAUGAAAGAACCCAUUCAGGUGAGAAGCCUUACGAGUGUACAGAAUGCAGGAAAGCUUUCUAUUACAAGUCUGACCUUACUCGACAUAAGAAGACUCAUUUGGGGGAAAAACCUUUUCAAUGUGAAGAGUGCCAGAAAUCUUUUUCUCGAAAGUCAAAACUUGCUAUACAUCAGAAGAGUCACACGGGCGAGAAACCAUACGAAUGUGCAGAGUGCAAGAAGGCUUUCUCCCACAAGUCUCAGCUCACUGCUCAUCGGAUUGCUCAUUCAUCUGAGAACCCUUAUGAGUGUAAAGAAUGCAAUAAGUCUUUCCACUGGAAGUGUCAACUCACAGCACAUCAGAAAAGGCACAGAUCAUCAUGUGAAUGAAUCUGUUGCUGCUACCAUGCCUUGCUCUGCUGUCCUGGAUGCUGAAGCUUCUGAACCAUAAGGCUAAUUAAACAUUUUAUUUUUUAAUAAGUUG